AAAAUUGCAGUUUCUAAAGAGACAGAAAAACAGUAAGGUCUCUCACACAGAAGCCUUACAUUUUUAAAUUUUUAAUAAUGGAAUCCUCCAUUCUAAUUUUCUCGCUUCUUUUUCCUUUUAUCAUUUUCUGCUUCCGCAAAUUGGUUUCUAGUAGCAGAGACCAUUUCUGCUAUAUGUUGGCAUAUGAGUGCUAUAAAGGUCCUGAAGACAGGAAACUUGACUCAGAAUCAUGUGCUAAUCUUGUUUUCCGAAAUAAAAACUUGGGUCUUGAAGAAUAUAGGUUUUUAUUAAAGACCAUUGUUAAUUCUGGCAUUGGAGAAGAAACUUAUGGCCCGAAAAAUGUGCUUACAGGCCAUGAAGAAUCUCCAUCUUUAGAUGAAGCAUUGUUUGAAACAGAUGAUAUUAUUUUCUCUACAGUUGAUAAGGUUUUUGAAAAAUCAACAAUUUCUCCUUCACAAAUUGAUAUUCUUGUCGUAAAUGUUUCUUUAUUCUCUCCUUCACCAUGUUUAACGUCAAGAAUAGUUAACCGGUACAAGAUGAGAGAAAAUAUCAAGUCUUUCAAUCUUUCAGGAAUGGGUUGCAGUGCAAGUCUUGUAGCUAUUGAUAUUGUUCAACAAUUAUUCAAGUCAUAUAAGAAUGUAACUGCUCUUGUUGUAAGCACAGAAUCAAUAGGUCCUAACUGGUAUUGCGGAAAAGAGAAAUCUAUGAUUCUCUCUAACUGUCUUUUCCGCUCAGGAGGUUGUUCUAUGCUUUUCACAAACAAUAGAGCUUUAAAGAGUCAAGCUAUCUUGAAAUUAAACCAUCUUAUUCGUACUCACAUUGGCUCAAACGACCAGGCGUACGAAUGUUGUAUACAAGUAGAGGAUGAUCUUGGCUACAGAGGUUUCCAUCUCUCAAGAAACCUCCCAAAAGUUGGAUCUACAGCACUUUCCAAGAAUCUCCAUGUGAUAGUGCCCAAAAUCUUACCAGUUAUAGAACUGAUUCGUUAUGUUUUUGUUUCUAAGUACAAAAGCCGAGCCAAAACCUCAACAGGAGCGACAGGCUUGAAUCUCAAAGCAGGAGUGGAGCAUUUCUGCAUACAUCCAGGUGGGAAGGCGGUGAUUGAAGGGAUUGGGAAGAGCUUAGGUUUAAGUGACUAUGAUCUCGAACCAGCAAGAAUGGCACUUCAUAGAUUUGGCAACACAUCGGCCGGUGGACUUUGGUAUGUUUUAGGGUAUAUGGAAGCUAAAAAGAGGCUCAAGAAAGGGGAUAGAAUAUUGAUGAUAAGUCUUGGAGCUGGUUUUAAGUGCAAUAAUUGUGUUUGGGAAGUAAUUAGGGAUUUGAAUGAUGUUAAUGUUUGGCAAGGGAUCGUAGAACAUUAUCCUCCUCCCCAAAUACCAAUUAAUCCUUUCUUGGAAAAGUAUAGCUGGAUUAACGAUGAAUACUUAAGCUUUGUUAAUUUUCAGAACUAGAAGCCAUAUACGCAUUCCAUAUAGACACUUUAAUUUUUCAUAUUCUGUAUUGCAUUUUGCUUUCUAGUUCAGGAAUAAUUGUUCUUAUUAGUUUCAAUAUGCCAUGCAUAAUUAUUGAAGGAAGUGUGAAAAGAUUUAUGUAUCUCAUAAAUAGUAAUACACCUACUUACAGCUGAUUACUUGUAAUAUCAAAUGUGCUCAAUUAAACAUUAUUUUCUGUAAUAUUUU